AUGGGGAAGCUCGAUAAUGAAGGCUCCUCUGAGGCCGGCCCACUGACAAAUCGACGGUCUUCAUCAUUCAGCUCACGCAUUUCCUCAGAUUCAGGGCUAUCGGUUGCCUCGGCCUCAUUCAUGGCAGCUCACAAGGACGAGCUGAUGGCCGCGGCCGCAGACGAAGAAGCGGGCGACGAACAACGAUACCGCGAUCUCGAAGACGGCGCUGAACCCGGAGACGACGAACCUUUCCUAUCCCCCCGUCCCAAGAAACCCGCUGCAUCGGGCAGUCGCAUGCGUCGUGCGCUUUGGUUGCUCGGUUUCCUCUGCGUCGGCGGCUGGGUACUCGCAUUUGUACUAUUCCUUGCAGCAAAACGACCUAUUGCUGCUGCCGAUACCGCAUCCCUAGAUUCUGGCUCCGAUGGUCUUGAUUACGUGGCAAGUGGCUCGAGCGAGGGUAAUCCGGUGACGCUGGAGCAGGUGUUGAGGGGGGAGUGGACUGCACAAUCACAUGCAAUUUCCUGGAUUGCCGGCCCAGAUGGUGAGGAUGGGCUUCUGGUUGAGCGUGGUGAGAGUGGAGAUGGGUACUUGCGGGUGGAGAAUAUCCAGAAUCGCAAGGAUGGUGCUGGUGACCCUGAUACUAGCGUGUUGAUGGACAAGCCUUAUUUCUGGGUGAAUGAUGAGCAUAUCACCCCGCAGAAGACCUGGCCAAGCCCAAAUAUGAAGAAGGUCCUGAUUGCGUCUUCUACGCAGUCUAACUUCAGACAUUCGUUCUUCGGAAAAUACUGGAUCUUCGAUGUUGAGUCUCAGACUGCCGAGCCCCUGGAUGCCAGCGAUUUGAGCGAUCGUGUGCAGCUGGCUGCUUGGUCGCCUCAGUCAGAUGCUGUUGCUUUUGUUCGAGAGAACAAUCUGUACUUGCGCAAACUUUCCUCUCCCCAGGUCGUUCCAAUUACCAAGGAUGGUAACAAGGACCUCUUCUACGGUGUUCCAGAUUGGGUAUAUGAAGAGGAAGUCUUCGCAGGAAACUCGGGAACUUGGUGGGAUAGAGAUGGCAAAUUCCUGGCUUUCUUGCAGACCAAGGAGGCCGAGGUGCCUGAAUAUCCUGUCCAAUUCUUCCUUUCACGUCCCUCAGGCAAAGAGCCCGAUCCCGGUCUCGAGAAUUACCCCGAAGUCCAACAAAUCAAGUAUCCCAAGGCUGGUAGCCCCAAUCCAGUGGUCCAUCUGCAAUUCUAUGAUGUCGAGAAGGCUGAAGUGUUCUCCAUCGACAUGCCCGAGGACUUCAAGGACGAUGACCGUAUCAUCAUUGAAAUUGUUUGGGCUUCCGCAGGCCAAGUUCUCAUUCGAGAGACAAACCGCGAGAGCGAUAUUGUCAAGAUAUUCCUGGUAGACUCCAAAUCCAGAACUGGCAAACUUGUUCGAUCGGACGAUAUCGCUGGCCUGGACGGAGGCUGGGUUGAACCUUCUCAAAGCACCCGGUUUAUCCCUGCCGACUCUAACAAUGGCCGACCGCACGAUGGAUACGUUGAUACUGUGAUUCACGAAGGCUAUGAUCACCUAGCCUACUUCUCGCCUCUCGAUAGCUCCAAGCCCACGAUGCUUACCAAGGGAGACUGGGAAGUGGUCUCUGCGCCCUCUGCCGUUGACCUGGAGAAGAACAUCGUCUAUUUCGUUGCUACAAAGGAAGCUCCGACUCAGCGCCAUGUAUACCAGGUGAAGCUUGAUGGAUCUGACCUUCUCCCGCUAACUGAUAUUUCCAAACCGGGAUAUUUCCAGGUAUCCUUUUCAGAAGGCGCCGGAUAUGCUCUUCUCAGCUCGAAGGGUCCUGGCGUUCCAUGGCAAGCCAUUAUCAACACCCAGACUGACGAGGUCAAGUAUGAGGCCGUUAUUGAGGAAAACACACGUCUUCGCCAAAUGGUUAAGGACCACGCUCUCCCACAGGAGAUCUACACCAACGUGACAAUUGAUGGGUACACUCUCCAAGUGCUCGAACGCCGACCUGCAAACUUCGACUCUUCCAAGAAGUACCCCGUCCUGUUCUUCAUGUAUGCCGGCCCCGGAUCUCAAACAGUCGAUCGCAAAUUCACCAUCGACUUCCAAUCAUACGUUGCCUCUAGCUUGGGAUACAUAGUCGUCACCGUUGAUGGCCGUGGAACAGGAUACAUUGGUCGCAAGGCCCGUUGUAUCGUCCGCGGAAACCUUGGAUUUUAUGAAGCCAGCGACCAGAUCGACGCUGCCAAGAUUUAUGCAGGCAAGGACUACGUUGAUGAAAGCCGCAUGGCUAUCUGGGGCUGGAGCUUUGGCGGUUUUAUGACCCUUAAGGUUCUCGAGUUGGAUGCAGGCCAGACAUUCCGGUACGGCAUGGCUGUUGCGCCCGUGACUGACUGGAGGUUCUAUGACUCAAUCUACACGGAGCGCUACAUGCACACACCUCAGCACAACCCAUCAGGCUACGAGAACUCCACCAUCACCGAUGUGCAAUCAAUAGCUCAAAACGUUCGAUUCCUGAUCAUGCAUGGAAAUGCAGAUGACAACGUACAUCUGCAAAAUACCCUCACCCUCAUUGACAAGCUGGACUUGGGCAAUGUGAACAAUUACGACAUGCAAAUCUUCCCUGAUUCAGAUCAUAGUAUCACUUUUCAUAACGGACAGACUAUGGUAUACGAACGUCUCUCGAGCUGGCUCAUCAACGCAUUCAAUGGCGAGUGGCUUCGCAUUGCUAACCCAAAGCCGGAGGCGGAGUCGGUAUGGAACAGAGCCAAGCGCUCAUUGCCACUUGGGCUGUUUUGA